AUGAGCGUGCCAGCAGCUGCUCCAGCGAAGAAGCCAAAGACUGCCAAGCCCAAGGCUCCAGCAUCGCACCCAUCUAUCAUUGGCAUGGUGAAGACGGCCGUCACCGCGGCCAAGGAUCGUAAAGGAACUUCUCUAUCCACGAUCAAGAGAUAUAUCGCCGUCAACUACAAGGCCGAUGUUGAUAGGCUCGGACCCCAUAUGCGUCGUGGAAUGGUACACGCUGUCAGGAAGGGUGUCCUGGUUCGCGUAGGCAAUAAAGGAAAAGGUGCCUCUGGAAGCUUCAAAUUGGACGAGAAGAAGGCGGCGAAACACAAACCUAAGGCGAUGACAAAGCCCAAGGCACCGAAGGUUAAUCAGACUGCGACCCCAAAAAAGCCGACAGUGGCCAAGAAACCCGGUAAGCCUACGGCCAAGACCCCGACAAAGCCUAAUGGUGUGAAGGCCAAGAAGGCGACGCCCAAAAAGCCAAAGAUAUCACUUCUGUUGUUCGUUCUUCAAGCGUUAAUACAUUUCUUUGUAAGAUUCAUGGGUUUGGGAGUGCACACAUCCAAAUGUGGGAUAUUUUCUACCCGCUCAGAACCUUCGGUCCAACGGAUGCUGAUCGACCGUGAUUUCAUCGAGUACACGCCAUCGUACGUAUACACAGACUCCACCUAUAUCCCGAAUGGCUAA